AUGUCUUAUACAUCAGAACCAAUUAUUUUCUGGCUUGAUUGCAGUAUUGGUGGAGAAACUCGGUAUCAAACGCUAAAAGCACUUUUGUCAAAAGUUUUACAUCUUCAAUGGAUACACUCAAUAUGUUUGUCAAUAAUCAAUGCUGUUGAAAUUUGUACGUUUAGCGACGAAAUGGAGUGUACCCAAUGUUUACAAAACAGCAGAUCGAAGAGAAUUUUCUUGCUCAUUUCAAACUAUUCGUCAACAAAUUUUCCAAAGAAGAUAGUUGAAGAUCACGGAAAUUCACAGAACAUCUCAAUUUAUAUACUCUGCGAGAGUACUUCCGAAAUACAAGAACAACUUGAACACCAUGUACGAAUUGACGAAAGUGCUACUAACCUUCUAGCCCGAUUAGUACAAGAUAUCGGAGAUUACUUCGUUUGUCUUGGGCAAGAACAACUCAAUAAGAACACAUACCAAUCUCUAUCGCAAGCAUGCAAAAACUUUAAUCGAGUUGUGUCGAUCUUCGAAAGAUUUAAUCAUUAUUACCCAUCUAUCGUAUUAAAUGGUCGUAUAUCGAUUGCGAAAGAAUAUAUAACGAAGGCCAAACAACUACUCGAACAAGUAAUUGUCAGCCAAGAACGUGAACAACUGUAUCGACCGAAUUCUUAUGAAAAUAUCAUAGAAGGCACUGCUGUCGAUGUCAAGCAAUCCUGUCACUCAGAUGAAAAUUUUCGAAAAAUUUGUACAAAUCUGACCAAUCUGUUUGGUAAAAACUCGAUAUAUAUAACAGAACACCGGAAUUAUCAACAACUAUUAAAGCGAACUGAUUCAACAAUUAUCGUUUUAUCGUCGUCCAAUGAUGAUGAUGCACUACUCUUGGACAACUUAUGUUCGUGUAGUCAUCCAUCUGUAAUUUAUAUAUUGGGACGCCAGCCUGUUACUCCGAACGAGAAGAAAACAUUCUUUACGAAAUAUUACUCAAUUCGUUACAUGUCGGAUGAUCCAGAAGAGUUAACCAUUCAAAUCGCAAUCGAUAUGGCUCUUAAACAUCGAAUCUCUGGCUAUCGACAUGCUAGAGAACAAAAUCAGAACAGUGCGGUACACGAUUAUGAUCAAUGUAUCGGUAUUCUUGAUCAAUUGAAUGCCUUUGGUGAAAUCAAUGUCAAGUAA